GCCCUCAACCUGUCCUUGUCCCGCCCGGACCGACGUCGUCCCGGCGACAUGCCGAUGGUGGCCCUCAGCCGCAGCUCGGACAACAUAGUGACCAUCACCCCAGCCGACCAGCCCGGGGUCGUGGCCAAGCCUCUCGACUUCUCCAACUCCUCGGGCCAGAGGUCGUCUCGCGCCUCGGCACCGCCGGUCAAGGCCGUUGACCUGAGCCGGCCCGUGGAGCCGUCCACCAUCUCCCCGGCCUUCUCCCCCGCCCCGACCAGCGAGGCACCGCGGGCGGUCGUUGGAUUCAGCGGCGCGAUCCUCUCCAUCAUACCCUCGGACAAAGAUGGUGGCGGGGAGCCGCAGCCUUCAUUUGACGCAAGGAAGCAGCCGCCGCCGCCGCACUCGAGAGAGAAGGAACCGUCGAUCCGCGGAGACGUUGGUCGCAAAAAAGGUCGCAGAGCCGGCAAGGGCAGGCAGGAGGGACCCGCCGGGGAAGGGGCGGGCGGGAAAAUCAACUCGGAGACGGACGAAAAACUGAAAAAAUUCCUGGGAGCCAAACGGAACGAGAGGGCGGGGAUGAUGAUGGUGGGCUCUCAUCAUCAAGCCAGCGAGGCGACUCGCAACCCCGGGUUGUUGGUUCGCCAGGAUUCAUCAUCAUCGUUGUCGUCAGCGUCAACUUUGCCUCGGCAGAAUGCGGCCAGUCCUCAUCAGAUGGCCCGACCGCCGCCUCCUCCGCAACCUCUCAUCACCACGGUGGGAAUCUUCUCUGGCAGCGUGCAGCACGUGCCUGUCUGCCGAACCUACACGCUGAUGAGCAGCAGCAGCAGCAGCGGUGGUGGAGGUGGUGGUGGUAGCUUGGACAGCGUGGUGGCCGUCGCCGCGAGUGUUUCCCCCUCCUCCUCCGCUCCGCCUCAAGCAGCUGAGAGUUUGACCGUCCUCAAUGUCCAGAAGCCCCCCGCCGCGGUGGUGGCACCAUUAGCUGUAGCAGCUACCGCAGCGUCUUCUUCUUCUUCAUCAUCAUCAUCGUCGUCGUCGUUGUUGUUGUCCUCAUCUUCGCUGUCACUGGAGCAUCAGCAUCAGCAUCAGCAACAGCAUCAGCAACAACAUCAGCAGCCUCCUCCUGUGGUGGCGGUACUGCCACAACAUCCCACGCAAGAAAUGCCCCCCACCCCUGCGAACCCCCACCACCACCCACCCGCCCUCCCUCAUGUAACAGUCACACAGAAGGCCGACGGUGACGAAACCUCUCAGGAUAAUAAUAGUGCACCAGCGUCUUCGCUCCGACCUCCAGCCGGCCAAGGACACCCGGGUACGUCGGUCAAGGCCAAGGCCAAGGUGAAAGUGAAGGAGAAAACCUGGAAGGAGGACAGCGCCCCGGGUAGUCCCGCCACGUCCUCCCCAGCGUUCCAGCCACUCGCGGCUAGCGCGCAGCCCUCAUCCGAUCUCAUUCCAGACUCCAAAAAGUCGAGCGUGGCGAGCUCUGAGCCCUCGACUACGUCAAAGUCCCCCCCGCCGCCGCACACCGAAACGUGUCUGGAGGGGAAGGAUAAGGAUAAAG